AUUUAUAAUAUACUUAUAAUAUAAAUAUACGUAAUAUUAUUAACGUUAAAAUGUUGUCAAUUAAUAUUUUAAUAAUCUUAGGUUCAGCAUGUUUGGCUAUAUAUUUAUAUUUGACUCGAAAUUACAAAUACUGGACGUCGCGAGGAAUCAAUGGCCCAAAACCCGUCAUAUUUAUGGGGACAGUAUAUCAACAGUUCUUCGCCUCACUCCCAGAGCUUGUCGUAUCAAACAGCAGAAAAUAUGGCAAAAUUCACGGUUGUGAUCAUAGUCUACUUGCAAUUCAUGGGUACAAUGCCUAUACUGGUGGUGGCGGAGCCGGAGCUCAUCAAAGAUAUCACAACCAAAGACUUCCAUAAGUUCUCCGACCGACACGACUUCCUAACGGGUGAUCCCAUGAACGACAGCCCAACGUUUUCGAGUGGGAAAAUGCGUUCAAUGCAUACCAUUAUCAUUGAUUGCGUGAAGAGAUUGGAGACGAUUAUGGCUGAGAAGACGGCCGACGGGUUGAGUGAAUUGGAGGUGAAGAGACUGAUGGGAAACCUGACGAUGGAUGUGAUCGCUUCGUGCGCUUUCGGCACCAAAAUAGACACAUAUAAUGAGCAGAAAAGAAGUGAAUUUGUGGUAAACGCCGAGAAAGUGAUCAGACCCAACUGGAGGGUCUUCAUAUUUUUCAUGCUCAUGAAGACAUUCCCCAAAAUCCUUGAGUGGACUCAAUUCAAGUCCACUAAUGUCGUUGUCGACAGGUUUUUCAGAUCAGCGAUUCAUUCAAUGGUAUCGAGCCGUAAAUCACAGCCUAAUCGACACAACGAUUACUUGCAACUUAUGAUUAAUGCAUUCAAUAAAAAGUUUGAUAAUAGCGAGGAAAAGGAUAUUGUCGGCGAAAAUGAGCGCAUUUACGGACAAAGGGAUGAAAGUGAAGACUUUCUGCUAAAUAAACAGAAGAUAGAGCUCACGGAAGACGACAUUUUGGCCAAUUCUGUCCUCUUCUUUGUGGCCGGUUUUGAGACGACGGCAUCCCUCCUCUCAUUCCUAACCUAUUCGUUGGCUCUGAACGAAGACUGUCAGCAAAAACUAUUUGACGAAAUUACAGACUUUGGCGGA